AUGAGAACGGGCGUUUUAUCUAUCUAUCUAUCUAUCUAUCUAUCUAUCUAUCUAUCUAUCUAUCUACACAGAUGUAUUUCUGUUGAUCUAUCUAUCUAUCUAUCUAUCUAUCUAUCUAUCUAUCUAUUUUUUUACAGUCUAACCAAUGUUAACAUUACUCCUAAAAUAAUCUAUCUAUCUAUCUAUCUAUCUAUCUAUCUAUGUCCAGCUUGUUACGUGAGGACUGCGAGAUAUAAUCUAUCUAUCUAUCUAUCUAUCUAUCUAUCUAUCUAUCUAUCUAUCUAUCUAUCUAUCUAUCUGUGUCAUCCUCUUUCUUUCUUUCUUUCUUUCUUUCUUUUUUUCUUGCUUUUUAAUUCUUCUCUGUCUCUCUCCUUCCUUCUCCCACUUCUUUUGUUAAACCUUUAUUCACUUUCCCUUUUGCAACACAUCCUAAUUCUUAUUCUUUCUUUCUUUCUUUCUUUCUUUCUUUCUUUCUUUCUUUCUUUCUUUCUACUUCCCUUCCUUUUGCUAACCUUUAUAUCUCUAUCCAUAUUCAUUCUUUCUUUUCUGUACCUAUCCUUCUUUCUUUUCUUCCUUUUGUUAAGCCAUUAUUUAUUUUUGGCAACAGAUUCUAAUUCCUUUUCUUUCUUUCCUUGUUUCUUUCUUUCUUUCUUUCUUUCUUUCUUUCUUUCUUUCUUUCUUUCUUUCUUUCUUUCUUUCCACAUUACUAGCACUACAUAUCUAUCUAUCUAUCUAUCUAUCUAUCAUCUAUCUAUCUAUCUAGAGAGAGAGAGAGAGAGAGAGAGAGAGAGAGAGAGAGAGAGAGAGAGAGGAUGCUAUAUGUCAGACGUAAUGUCAACACUUAUUUAUACAUAUAUACUAUCCCAGGCCUACCCCUUGAAAGCCGGGUCGCCACCUGAGUGGGUCUGCUUAACUUUCCCUUGUUUUCCACUCGCGAAGGAUCAAGACUGCUUAUUCUUUUGUGUAAUUAAUGUGUCUUUUUUUUCUUGGUCCUCACCCACGCACUUUCGGCGUCUCUGUAAACAGAAAGCGGCUAAUGAUAUGGAAUUUUCGUCGAAUAUCUAUCUAUCUAUCUAUCUAUCUAUCUAUCUAUCUAUCUAUCUUCGUCUAUUCAUAUCUAUCUAUCUAUCUAUCUAUCUAUCUAUCUAUCUAUCUAUCUAUCUAUCUAUCAGACAUGAAUCUAUAAUGAAUCUAUAA